UUCUUCGUCUUUUCAGGAAAAAGUGAUAAUCCCAACUAUGGUGCGUAAACUGAAUCCGUCCCGAGCAAAAAACAAAACAAAUGUGUUGAUUGUGUUGCAUUCCUGUGUUGUGAUUUUGUUAUUCGCGCGGUGCUGUCUGUCAAGUCAGAAUAUUAAGCUAUUUUCGGAUGCCGACAUGAAGGGAUUCAGUAUUAACUUCAAUGACUACGACGAGAAUCUCACGAGAGUUGAAUUCAACGACAUCGCCACCAGUGCUUGUGUGAACGGGAUAUGGUUCCUGUAUGAGCAGCCGAAAUUUGGUCCAGACGGAAAUGGCUUCGUGGAAUUCGCGUGGGGCGAUGAUCAUUGUUUCAACAUUGAUCCGAUCGUGGAUAACAAAGUGUCUUCUGUGAAAUACGCAGGGAAUUUCCAUGACUGGCGCCAAGACAUGAUCACCCUGUACACGCACCACUGGUUCCAGGGUGAUGAGUUGUAUGACGAAACGGAUCAGCGGGUCCUGCCUGCAGGCGAAAUCAUUGCCAAAUCCGCUGUCAUUGCCGGAUUAAGCAACUGGACGAUUUAUGAGGAGAAAGAAUAUACUGGGCAAGCCUGGUGUCUUCAACCGCAAGAUGCGACCGGAGCCGCUCCUGGGUUUUUCACGGAACUUGCCAAAGAAGGCGUGACUGUGGUGAGAUCCUUCCGCAAGGGUUGCGACUCGGACAGAAUACCAAAGGCGUUGCAAGUGACGAAGAGCGAACAGGGCAAGAAUGACCAUGAGCAAAAUUGCUGCUGAUGAUGAAGCCGCCCUGUUUUCUCUUGUCUCUUGGCCACGGAAAUACGUCAAGAGGUCGGCAUUUACCCGCAUACAUGAAGUACAGUAACCAAAUACCCGCACUUCUUGAGCAGCUUGACGGAAUUGAGUUUUUUUUUUUUAAACGACUGGGGCAUUCUAAAAGUUGCUCGACUUUUUUUGUCUCAGAAUUUUUCCUGUCUUAUUCAUCAUUAGAAAAGGCGUUUUUUCUCUUGGUUGUCUCACCCCGAAAUUCCGAGGAUCCCUCAUGUUGGGUUGACUGACGUAUUUAUUCGGCGAAAGGAAACACAAAAAUGCUCGCGGGGUUUCACGCCUUAUGGUGGAAGGGUUACUGUUUGAAGGAAACUCAAUUUUUUUAUGUUCUGAACCAGCGAACGAAUAAUUUUCAUGACUUUCACGAUGCAGCCGGAACGAUGAACUUUGCGAUUGAUGAGAGAGAGAGAAGGGAUUCUCUCGAUUAAUUUUUGUUAUGCCUGUCUUUUUAUGCGUAUGUAAAUUUGUUUCGCCUUGGUAAAAAAAAAGCUGCGAUGACUCAAGUUGCAGACCUACCUCAAGUCUUCCUUGGGUUCCGUGCUGUUUUUUUGAUCAGAAACCGAGUGAAAACUGGAAUCAAUCCCUGGGCGAACGCGAGUCCGCGGUUGUGCAUGGUGCUGCAAUUCCGAAACGUGUGAUGUGUGAAGUCAUCGCCUGAUUUUUUUUUACCGCAUUGAAUUCCUCAUGCUACCAGUUUCUUUCAGCAAACUCGCGGGGAAUAUGAAAUAUAAUGGCAUAUCUUCACAAAA